AUGUGGGAUCAGUGGUAGUGGGGACAGCCUCCUGAAGAGAGACCUUUUUCGCAGAGGCGUGGCUCGCCUUGACCCCAUUGCACACAUUCUCCCGUCGACUUCUCUUUUCGGCGACGUCUUCUACUUGAACGAUAUACGUUUCUCCGCAAAAGACGUUACUGUUUGGGAGGCUUCGCUUUCCCUUUCGCCGGAUAUGUCCACUUCUUGCCUUCUGGAGGCAGCCGAGAGCGCCUCGAGUGCCGACCGUCCGAAGUCGUCGAAAGCAAAAAAAAGAGGCUUCGGAACGAAAAAUUUGGAAGCUUAUGUCGAAUCACUUUUCCCAGCAUUACCAAUAAAAUUAGCCUGAAGAAAUAAUGCAGCAAAAACAUUGUUGGGCCUCUUUUUGCGAGGAGGUUGAAUUGUUUUUGCAACUAUUCAAUCUUCAGAAAAAAACUUCAGUUGAAAGUAUUUGAUGAUCUAGCUUUGAAGAAAAAGGGAAUUUUUCGUCUAAUAAUUGACAGAAUAAUCAAAAUAAAAGAAAAAGAGUACUGCAACGUCCUCUGGUCCGACCUCCAUAGGUGAAAGCGACGUGACUUUGGAUUUCGCCUUAACGAGGUCGCUUGCGUUUUUUAGCGAAUUCGAAGUCGGCGUAGACUCUCCGAAACCAAUCAAAUCAGUCAGAGGUAAUGGAUCAGUUGGAAAUUGAAAGCGAACGCGUUGAUCUCACUCAGGAAUCCCAAAACUUCAAACGAUUGAAGAAAGUCCAAGAUUCAGGAUUCAAGAAGUCUUCGAGUCAAGAGACCAUCGGCGCCAGUCACCUCCAUGUCGGAUCCUUCGAUCAUCUCCGAUUAGCCGUCUCUUAUAG